AUAAGGGGCUGGCUGUAGCUGCGGCUGAAGGAGCUGACCAGCCAGCUGAGUCUCCACACUCACCUAGCCACCAUGGACAUCGCCAUCCACCACCCCUGGAUCCGCCGCUCCUUCUUUCCUCUUCACUCUCCCAGUCGCCUCUUUGACCAGUUCUUUGGUGAGCACCUGCUGGAGUCUGAUCUCUUCCCAGCUUCUACUUCCCUGAGCCCCUUCUACCUUCGGCUGCCUUCAUUUCUGCGGGCACCCAGCUGGAUUGACACUGGGCUCUCAGAGAUGCGUCUGGAGAAGGACAGAUUCUCUGUCAACCUGGAUGUGAAGCACUUCUCCCCAGAGGAACUCAAGGUCAAGGUGCUGGGAGAUGUGAUUGAGGUGCAUGGCAAACAUGAAGAGCGCCAGGACGAACAUGGCUUCAUCUCCCGGGAGUUCCACCGCAAAUACCGGAUCCCAGCUGAUGUGGACCCUCUCACCAUUACUUCAUCCCUGUCAUCUGAUGGCAUCCUCACUGUGAAUGGACCAAGGAAACAGGCCUCCGGCCCUGAGCGCACCAUUCCCAUCACCCGUGAAGAGAAACCUGCUGUCACUGCAGCCCCCAAGAAGUAGCUGCCCUUUCUCUAACUGCAUUUUUUAAAACAAGAAAAUUUCCCCACCAGUGAAUGAAAAUCUUGUGACUAGUGCUGAAGCUUAUUAAUGCUAAUAAUAAGCAGGCCCAAAUUUGGCAGGCCCAAAUUAUUAAGCAAAUAAAUAUCAUUCAGCAACAGAUAA